AAAUCCUUUGUAAUAAUUACUGCAAGUUUCAGAAAAGAUGGAUAUAAAGGUUACACCCCUAGGAGCUGGACAAGACGUUGGUAGAUCAUGUCUUCUUCUCUCAAUAGGAGGGAAGAAUAUAAUGCUGGAUUGUGGGAUGCAUAUGGGAUUCAGCGAUGAUCGCAGGUUUCCGGAUUUCUCCUUCAUUACAACAGACGAGCCGUUAACUGAGUUUCUGGAUUGUAUAAUUAUUUCCCACUUUCAUCUGGACCACUGUGGAGCACUUCCUUAUAUGACAGAGAUGGUAGGGUACAAUGGUCCUAUCUACAUGACUGUACCGACAAAGGCCAUAGCCCCAAUUCUACUGGAGGAUAUGAGGAAGGUCGCUGUUGAUAAAAAAGGAGAACAGAAUUUCUUCACCAGUGGGAUGAUUAAAGAUUGUAUGAAGAAAGUUGUUGCUGUCAAUCUUCAUCAAGUAGUUCAGGUUGACGCUGAACUCGAGAUAAAAGCUUACUAUGCUGGACAUGUACUUGGGGCAGCAAUGUUUCAAGUCAGAGUUGGAAACCAGUCUGUUGUGUAUACUGGAGAUUAUAAUAUGACACCAGACCGACAUCUGGGAGCAGCUUGGAUAGAUAAAUGUAGACCAGAUAUACUUAUAACAGAAUCCACCUACGCGACCACUGUAAGGGAUAGCAAGCGGUGCAGGGAGAGGGACUUCCUCAAGAAAGUUCACGACUGCAUAGACAAGGGUGGAAAAGUGCUUAUACCUGUGUUUGCCUUGGGCCGAGCUCAAGAACUCUGUAUUCUUCUAGAAACCUACUGGGAGCGAAUGAACCUGAAAUGCCCGAUAUACUUCUCUGCGGGCAUGACCGAGAAAGCAAACAGUUACUACAAGAUGUUUAUCUCGUGGACUAAUGAAAAAAUAAGAAAAACUUUUGUCGACAGAAACAUGUUUGAUUUUCGACACAUAAAGUCGUUUGAUAGAAGUUAUAUCGACAAUCCAGGGCCCAUGGUGGUGUUUGCAACUCCUGGCAUGCUACACGCAGGGUUGAGUCUGCAGAUAUUUAAGAAGUGGUGUACAGAUGAGAAAAAUAUGAUUAUAAUGCCAGGAUAUUGCGUUGCAGGGACCGUAGGACAUAAAAUCCUGAACGGGCAGAAGAGAGUGGAAAUUGAUAAAGGUCAAGUAACAGAGGUCAAGAUGUCUGUUCAGUAUAUGUCCUUCUCAGCUCAUGCAGAUGCAAAAGGUAUUAUGCAAUUGAUAACCUGGUGUGAACCUAAAACUGUAAUGUUGGUUCACGGUGAGGGGGAGAAGAUGAAGUUCCUGAAGGGUAAGAUCAAGGAGGAGCACGGGGUAGAGUGCUAUAUGCCCGCCAACGGAGAGACGGCGGUCAUCCCCGCCUCACCACCUCUACCUGCAAAGGUUUCAGUUGAACUGUUAAAGAAGGAAGCAGUACAGUACAGUCUCCAGCCUCCUGAUAGUAAAAGGUCGAGGUUACUCCAUGGUCUCCUUGUGAUGAAACCUGACGGAUCGUUUACUGUUGAGGAUCCAGAGACCAUGAACACGCAGCUAGGACUUGGAUGCCACAGUGUAAGGUUUACAAGCACUGUAUCUGUAUCCGAUACAGGGGAUCUACAGGCUACUGUAUUAAGGUUGCUGAAUGCAUCGAAGACUCGUAUUGGUGAAACUAGUUUCUCUCUGCAGAAAACUGGAGACUGCGAACUCAGGACUGAGAGUGUAAUCGUUCAGGUUGAGCAAAGUCCUGAUGAUAUGAAUUGUAAAGAUAUCAGGGUUAGCUGGGCGUACACAGAUGAUACAUUGGGGUCAACUAUACUUCAGGUAUACAUCUAUAUACAUAUAAAGUAGAAAUUAGAAUAAAAA